AGUGCACUUGAAAUCCCCCGCCCUCAAUAGCCUUCUCUUCUUCCUCUCUUCUUCGCCGCAGCUGCGACCACAACCCUAACCCCCGGCUACUGUAUCAUCGAAAACCCGCACAUGGAAGGAGAUGCGGAGAAUGCGUUCGAGCAGCAGAAGCCGAAGAAGCACAAAGGGAAGCACGACAAACCCAAGCCAUGGGACGACCCGAGCAUCGACCACUGGAAGAUAGAUAAAUUCGACCCGUCCUGGAAUGAAGGAGGGAUGCUUGAAAGCUCCUUCUUUGAUGUCCUUUUUCCUCAGUACCGAGAAAAAUACCUGCAGGAAGCGUGGCCUAUGGUGAAACGUGCUUUGAAAGAGCAUGGCAUUGUGUGUGAGCUUGAUUUGGUUAAAGGAGUCAUGUCUGUUAAAACAACUAAGAAGACUAGGGAUCCAUAUAUAAUUAUUAAAGCCAAACAACUCAUGGAGCUAUUAGCUAGAAGUGUUCCUGCACCUCAGGCACUAAAGAUACUGGAUGAUGAGAUGCAAUGUGACAUUAUAAAGAUCGGUAACCUUACACGCAGUAAGGAACGAUUUGUUAAACGAAGACAGCAUCUUUUGGGCCCCAAUUCAUCCACUCUUAAGGCUAUUGAGAUUUUGACAGGUUGCUACGUUCUAGUUCAGGGAAACACUGUUGCUGCUAUGGGUCCAUUCAAGGGUCUAAAACAAGUCCGGAGGAUUGCAGAAGAUUGCAUAACAAAUACACAGCAUCCUAUAUACCAUAUAAAGACCCUUCUGAUGAAGCGAGAACUUGCCAAAAAUCCCGCACUUGCCAAUGAGAACUGGGAUAGAUUUCUUCCCAAGUUUAAAAAGAAAAAUGUCAAGCAAAAGAAGGCAAAGAGUAAAGAAAAGAAACCAUAUACACCAUUCCCGCCUCCUCAACAGCCCAGCAAGGUUGACCUCCAAUUAGAAAGCGGUGAAUACUUCUUAAGUGACCAAAAGAAGUUAGCAAAGAAAUGGCAAGAGAAGCAGGAGAAGCAGGCUGAGAAGACAGCCGAGAACAAGAGAAAAAGAGAGGCUGCAUUUAUUCCUCCAAAGGAAGACUCAAACCAGGUGGCAUCUCAGGAUUCUACUAAAUCCGCUGAAGACGAUAAGAAUGCUCUGGAGGCCUUGGCGAAGUCUGUAAAGGAAAAGUCAAGGAAGCUGGGGAAGCGGAAAGCUGUUGAGGAUAUCAAUGCCGAAUCGUAUAUUGCAGCCCCUGAGAAGCAAAGACCCAAAAAGAAGUCCAGCUAAUUCCUGCCUUAAUCUGGAGAUGUUGAGAGUAGCCCUAGCAACAGGUGAUCAUGGGGUUGGUUCGGGCUCAGAUUUUAAACUGGUCCAGCAGGGCCUAUUCAAAAUGUCGAUAUGCCUGUCCCAGUCCCGGCCCAUUUGCAGCCCCAGUUGGAAGUUGGAUUAUAGCUUUUUCCUAGCCUUUGUUUAUCAUGUAUGACGUCUCUGCCUUGCACCGUGGACGUUUAUUUAUUGGGUUGCUGCAAAUUGAUCUCGUGAAAUUUUGAUAGUCAUUUAAACGGUUAAAACCUUACCUUUUCAAGUCAACAAGAUUUGAGUUUCAUCUCC